AUGACUACUUCGGUGGCCGCACGUGGGCAAGCUUGGCAUUUCCGAAUUUUGAGCAUCAACAUCUCAUACACAUCAUGCACAUUAUCCACAUCAUACGCAUCACAUAUAUCAUACAUAUCAUACAUACUUACAUACAUAAUACGACUGGUUCCUCCCAUUCCGGACGUGAGAUCGGACGUGAGAUCGGAUCUCCAUAUCUCGAGGCUCACCGAGAAGCGCCCCAACGUCGCGACCAUUGUGGCGAAGGGAUCUCAACCGCUGGAACUCCUGACCUUGUCCCGAGAGGACUUUCAGAAGCUGGGCUUCGGCGAAAAGCUGAAGUUUGCCAGGCGGCCAGCCAUCUACGAAGGGCGGCGCAUGGACGACAUCAUGCUCGAACCCAGGAGAGCGACGAAGGUCUUUCUGGCGGUCAUGGUCCUGAGGAAUUCGGGAAUCACCGUCCAGGAAAUAUCUGCAGUGCGUGACACCUUCCAGGUGGACUUCAUUGUAAAGGCGCCUGACGGGUCGAAAACCAUGGCCAUGGGCCAUGAGUUAAGCUGUAGACACAUCAAACUGGGCUGUGAAAUGCACACUAGGGCUGGAGUGGGUCCUGCUGCGGCAAAGGCUGUCAAGAACAAUCCCAACCUUCGGGGUGCAAUGGGAAAGGACAGCAGUCGGGUCAGAGUUCAAUGGCACAGCAUAGUACUUAUGGAGGCUGCUGAGUACUUUGCCCAGCAUGAAUUCUUCAUCAUUAGCCAGGGCUCAUUCGACUUAUUUUCCAAUGUCAGGAGAGGGAAAGCUGGAGUGCGAUCUGCAGAGGCAGUUUUCACAACAAGCUCCAUGACGGAGCGACUGGUUCGAAAGCAACAGUUCCUGCUUGACAUGCUCAAGGAAAAGAAGGUGGAAGGGAAGGCCAAUCUUUCGCGGAAUUCAAUGCUUCCAGCUACCACCAAUCAUAGAAGAAACCAGGCAGAAAGGCAACGAUGGACGGCCAACUCGUCAAUGGCAGUCACCAAGAAAGGCUCCAUGCCGAACAAGAGCCCGGGAUCGAAGAGAAGGGGCUCAGAGGUGGGUGGUGUAGCCUCCACCAGCUUCCGCGCCUUCUUCCCACGUGCCAUCUCAAUCGAUGGCCAGGAGCAGGAUGAGGAGGAAACGUCGCCAUUUCAACCAGGGGACAAAGUUGCAGCUUUGGUGGCUGGCUGGGAUUUCCAGAAGGAAAUGGGCGUGGGCCAGGUGAUGGAUGUCCUUGUCCCUGGGCCGCAAGGCCGCGUCACAGUUCAAUUCCCCGAUGGCAUCAGGGAAGCAAAGGCUGGGGCGAAGGUGCAAUUGCUGCGCCCCGUUGAGGAUGCGGAAGCUUUGUGUCGCCUCGGGACCGGAGAGUGCUACGGAGAGCUGUCGCUCUUGUACAACACGCGCCAUUUAGCCACCUGCAAAGCGGUGGAGCCCUCGGUCGUCUAUGUCGUCCCCUACAAGGCGUUCAAACAGUGCUUUGGCAAACGUGAGCGUCCACAGGAGCAAACGUGGAUCAAACUCUUGGAUGAGGUGCACUUUUUGAAUGCACUAGUGAGAUCUGAGAGGGCGGAGGUUGCUCGCAAUGCUGUGGGGAUGAUGAGCUUCCAGCCGAAUGAGUUCGUCAUGACACAAGGGGAGAUGACCGAACAGCUGUGGUUUGUCGUUGACAAAGGCAGCUGUCAUGUGACGCGCAAGGAUUCAGCAGGCCAGGUCGAGCUAUCUGCCGAGCUGCGCAGAGGCAACCAUUUUGGUGAGCGUGCCAUUUUCCUGCAGCAGCGAACAGCGGAAGUCACUGUGCAGGCUGGUUCCAAAGGUAUGCCGAGAGCUCAGAUUGCCAUUGCUUCACCCCAAAAUGGGAUCCAUGGUGGCAACUUGGCAGAUACCUUCGCUGGAGAAAAUGCAGAACAGGAUGAGUCACAACCAAGCGACACUCGGCCCGGCCAAGUGUUUUGGCACUGUGACGAUCAAGCCCCAGAACUGAAUAAGGGAAGCACGUUGAAGGCCUCGCCGGGCUCGCAUCCGUCAGCCCGACAAGUGGCGCGCAACGUCUUCCGCAAGGAGGGCCUGCGGGGCUUGUACCGUGGAAUGGAUACCCAGUUGCUGAUAUCGCCGUACACUGUGAUCUACUACAGCCUCUACGAUGAGUUGGUGAAGCUUCAGCAGGAUCACCCGCUGGCUCCUUUGAGCGCAGCUGUGGUGGCACGCACGGUGGAGGUGACGUUGCGAAUGCCCUUGGAGCUUCUUCGAACGCAACUUCAAGCCGAGGAAGGUCGCCUUCGUUUAAGGACUCUGUUGAUGGAGCAGCGGCAAAGACCUUUAAGCUCUUGGAUGCAGGGAUACUCCAUGACCCUGCUUCGAGAUGUGCCAUUCAGUGCCAUCUACUGGUUUGUCUACGAGGUUGUCAAGAAGAAGAUGCCAGAACCCGAGAUGGUUUCCAACGCUGGCUUAAGAACCCUUCUGCAUGGAUUUGCUUGUGGUGGCAGCGCAGGAGGGCUCGCGGCCUUUGUCACUUGUCCCAUUGAUGUCAUCAAGACAUUGCGCCAGAAGCACCAAACUGAGGGCAUGGCCGAUCCGACCGCUGGACCAAAGUCGGGCUCUUACAAAGACAUUUUCCAAUAUCUGCUUGCCAAGCCCAUCGCUGGCUUCAGUGGCCUUGGCCCAAGGACUUGCCUGGUCUUGGAUGGGGAGCUCCUUCGAAAUCUGCCACUGGGUGUCACUGGUCAAGAAACCGACUUUGGAGUGCCGGGGACGGAGACAUCCCUGGUGGAGUACCAUCGGAAGUCCUCAGCUGCAGUGCGACCACAUCGGGAGGAGAUUCCCUUUGAUGAGCUCGAGAGAACCCAUGUGCUGGGCGAAGGUGGCUUUGGCGCCGUCUACUUGUGCCACCGGCGAAACAAACCAGGGAUCGAGUACGCACUGAAGCGUUUGUCCAAAGGCUACAUUGUCCAAGCAAAUGCUGAGAAGCAGGUCUGUGCUGAGCGCGAUAUCCUCUCAAUGAUGGACUGUGACUUCAUCACCCGCUUUUAUGGCUCGUACAAGGAUGAAGAAUAUGUCUACAUGCUGAUAGAACUGGUUCCAGGUGGACAUUUGUACCAGCUGCUGUGCGACAAACCUCAGGUCCUGCUCUCUGACAGGCCACGAGGCUAUGCUGCGAUGUUUUAUAGUAGCUGCGUCAUUUUGGCCUUUGAAUAUUUGCACGAGCGGCGCAUCGCAUAUAGAGAUCUGAAGCUCGAGAAUGUUCUUCUAGACAGCUCCGGCUACGCCAAACUCUGCGACAUGGGUUUUGCACGCUUUGUGCUGAGUAAGACCCAUACCUUGCUGGGGACUCCAGAAUACAUGGCUCCAGAGAUGAUUGAUCCUCCUCAUCAGCACAAUCACAUGGUGGAUUGGUGGGCCCUUGGCGUCUUGAUUUUUGAGAUGCUUAGUGGUCAAGCACCCUGGGACAGCAUGGGCUACGACGACAACCCCAUGGGGCAACUUUUGGCCCUGAGAGAGAGCUACAAUCAGGGUUUGCCGGAUGGCUUUCUGCCUCCUGCAUUGAUUCUCGCCAGAGACUUCAUCAAAAAGCUGCUUGUUGUAAAGCCGGAGAGAAGACUGGGUGCCCAUGGAGUGCAGGAGGUAAAGAACAGCGGCUGGUUCAAAUCGGGCACCUUUUCCUGGGAGCAGUUGACGGCCAGAGCCCAAAACUGUGAGGAUGCCGAAUCUUACAAGAUGUACACCAUAUAA